GAGUUUCCAGUUCGCCGGGUAAAACCCCUUUUAAACACGGGAGUGUUUGUUUUUUUUCGGUAUUGUGAGGUAUUCUUCAAAAACCUGAUACCGACUUCACAGACAAUAUGGAGUUUUUAACAGGAAACCCUUUCUGUACACCUGUAGGACAGCGAAUAGAAUAUGCCACAAGGUUGCAGUCAGAAGACUGGGGACUCAAUAUGGAGAUCUGCGACAUCAUAUGUGAGACAGAAGAUGGCCCUAAAGAUGCAGUCAGAGCAAUAAAAAAGAGGAUUGUGGGGAACAGAAAUUUUAAAGAGGUCAUGAUGGCAUUAACAGUUCUGGAGGCCUGUGUGAAAAACUGUGGCUACAGGUUCCAUGUCCUAGUGUCUACCAGAGAUUUUGUAGAAGGGGUUUUGGUCCGAACUAUUUUACCUAGAAACGAGCCUCCUUUGGUUGUUCAUGACAGAAUACUGAGUAUCAUACAGGCCUGGGCUGAUGCAUUCCGUAGCUCCCCAGAUUUAACUGGUGUAGUUUGUGUGUAUGAAGAUCUCAGAAGGAAAGGAACAAUGUUCCCUGUGGCUGAGUUGUGUAGCCCAAUACACACCCCUAACAAGCGUUUUUUUCCUCCGAAUGAAUGUGAGGCUUCCCUCUCACCCACACAUCAAGCUCAGACCCAACAGCAGACAAACACUCCCUGGCAAAACACAGAGGGUCCAAUCACCUUAUCACCUGACCAGGUGAAAAAGUUGACGUCUGACCUGGAAACAGUUUACAGUAACCUUAAAGUGAUGUCAGAAAUAAUUACUCAGAAGUUUCCUGGGACCAAUCAGCAGUCAAAUACAGAUCUCCUGAAGCAGUUGUACUCCACAAGUAAAGAGAAGCAGGACCAAAUAGUUCAUCUCAUUCCCAGAGUAACUGACGAGAAGCUGGUAGGGCAGCUGUUGAUUGCUAAUGAUGACAUGAACACAACCUUUACAGAAUAUCACAGUUUUGAGAAACGUCUUGACAGGCAGAAUUCGAAACAAUCGGGUGCCAACCUCAUUGACCUUGAAGCUCCCUGUAAACCAUUAAGCCAAUCACAACUGGAAACUCCAUUGUGUGAACCAAUCAGUCAAACAGUCAGCAGUCUGUCAAGUCAUAUGUCUCAUCUGAGCACACACGAUCAGGGUAUUAUUCAGAGAGAGAAUUCAUCAGAGAAGCUUGAAGAUGGGGAGAGUCAGAAAAGCUCUGUAUUAGAUGAACUUGCAGCAGGAAGCAGUCAGCUACACAGUGCUGGACGGGAUAACAGCCCAGACUCCAGCCUCCUCGGCUCCUCACCUCAGUUUUAUUGGAUGGUGGAAAAGGGAAUGAUUCCUGUCAAUCAGAGCGAAGUGAUGGACAAUAUUGAACAGUGGCUUGAUGAAGAUGAUGAUGAUGACUUGGCAGAUGGAGGUGUCACUAGUGAAGAGUUUGAAAGGUUUUUGGCAGGCAGAGCGAAAGCAGCCGAGCGUCUUCCCUCUGCGAAACCUUCCUCUAAUGACCGCAUGCCCUCACAACCAUAGUUCUUUACAGGAGCACAGUCAUCCACCCACCAUCAACAAUCUGUAGCAAGUGGAUUGGUUUGUACCAUUGUGCUUUAUGUAAGGGGAUUUCUGUUUUAUUUAUAUGGUGCUGUGUCAUCUGUCCUUCUUGUAAAUAUUUAAACUAUAGGGUCAAGACAUUGUUUUAAUCUGGUUUAUAUUGUUUUGGGGGUUUUCCCACAUGGUUACUUUAUAGUGUAAUAACAUGAAUUUGAAAAUUUCCACUGACAGGUUUUUGGCACUGAUUUAAUACCCUUCUCAAUUUCACCUGGUUAUUAGAGGUUAUCCAAUUAUGGUUAUCCAUUGUUGAUUUGGGCAAAAGAGAUGCCCAAAGGUUUUGAGAUUAUUGUAGUGGCAGAACAGAACAAACUAUUUUUUGAAUGUACUAUUUAGUUCUCAUAAACAUAAAUAUCUGCUUCAAUCCAAUGUUUGGAUUAAUGUUGGUGGGUUUCCUCACAGUUCUCAGAUUUCUUCCUAGCUCCCCCAAAACAUGCUGCAUUGACUGUUAAAUUACCUCUAUGUGAGAAUGAUUUGUGAAUGUAGUUCCCAUUCCAUUACAUGGGGUGGGUGGUUGAAUGGAUGAAUGAGUGGGAGUUUGGAUUGAUGGGUAGAUGGAUACACAAAUGGAUGGAGUGGAUAAGGAUGUGUGGAUAUAUAGGGAUGGAUGGAUGGAUGGAGUGAGUGGGAGGAUGAAUGGAUGGAUGGGAGGGGUCUAUGGCAAUGGCUGCCAACUCUAGUCAUUGUCAUCUGCAAGUGGAGCUCUAACACACAUCUAGGCACAUCUGCCAAGAAGUGUUGUGUAACAGGCUACAUGCAGUCUGAAUUAUGUCUGAUUACAACAAUGGAUACUUUAUAAAAUACACAUGAUCAAACUAGUUACUUUUUUAACUUAUUACUUUUAAGUGGUUACUUUUUUAUUUUGAAUGCCCAUAAAUUAUCUGAAUGUUACUAAUAUCAGAGAGUUGGCUAGUUAUCUGCUAGCUGUCUACUGCGAUGUUAUUUAAUUGUCUACUUUAUCACAUAUUGCUUUCCUAUUUAUUUAUAUUUAUAUAUCUUCCCAUAUGAUUCUAGCAAUCUCAGCUAACAGUUCAUAACAGAAGGCAGUGAAACAUGUACGUGUAAAUGUAAACGUCCAUGCCUAGCUUCAGGUUGCACUAGUGUACCCUUGGGUACAAGAUUGUAAAGUUUUGAGCUGAUUCUGAUUGUAUAGAUUGGUGUUUAGAGUUAAAAAUUUAACAAAGCACAAAGUUAAUUUUAAAAACUGACACUGUUCAGGGAAUGUUACAUACGAGAUGCACUUUAGACCUCUGAUCAUGAAAUCCUACUUGUUUGGUAAAUCUUAGAUGGUUAACUAGCAGUUAACUAGCCAACUAGCUGGUCCAUAUUUUAUUUCAUUAUUAUGUUAUGGUAAGAUGUUAAACAUUACAGUUACUUUUGUAGAAUUUGUGGUUAUAGUAAAAAAAAAUGGGGGGGGGGGGGAAUACAGUAAGUGAAUAAGCACUUGAAUGAAUCCUGUAAUUUUACAGAUGAAUCCUGUAAUUUUAUUUGAUUUUAUUCUGAUGAAAGGAGUGUUAUUCUACAUUCUCAGUACUUAAUGUUAUAUUACCUAAAAGAUAAUAAGCAGGUUUUAAUAAAUGCAUGUUGCUAAUGUAUUUCUCUUUGCACAGAAGUACUGUAUAUGAAGGCAAUAAAUCGGUUAGCAUCAAGGCCGUCCAAAAUAUGUCAGAGUUUAUACUCCAGUUAUACUCCACUAACAUGAUUUAUCAGUCAUCUCCCUAACACUGCUGUCCUUCAAUCUUAGACUAGAAAGUUUCUAAAUUUAACUUUUAAGUUUUUAAAUCAGUAAUUAUGGAUCAGACUCCCAUAUAGGUGAAAUGUAAUUAUACAACGUGGAGAUGAAGAGUUCAGCUGGGGUGAGUUUUUUUUUCUGUAGUGAAAUGUUUAUAGUUUGUAUGGUUUGGAUUUAC